UUUCAUGUCACCUGUAUCUGCGACAUGCCUUGCUUCGCAUUCUUGGAGUAAAGGCAAGUGGUGAAAGCUUGGAGAGGAAGGUUGCCACGAAUGAAUAGUGGGGAGAAUUAGGAAGAGCCGAAAAUCGGUGAAGUAGGACAACUGAAACAGAAAUAAGUGGGACCUACUCUCCCAUGAGACAGUAUCCUUAGAUUUUUCUACUGCUUAGCUUCAGCCACGUGUCGUGAGCGACACUAGACUUCUCCUUAUUACAAAUUGAUGAAUUUUCCAUUUUUUGAGCUGUAAGAUCAAGUUAGUUACCAUUACAUCGGCACUGUUCACCUCUACUUCUCCCUCGAUAAAUUAAUAAUUUGAAACAAAUCUGUUUUCAUGAAGAGUGACUGCAUACAAACUACAACAUGUCAAGAAAGAAAAAAAGAUCCAAUAGAAAUGUUUCAUUCUGGGCAACUGGUCAAAGUCUGUGCCCCAAUGGUGCGGUAUUCAAAGUUGUCUUUUAGAACACUAGUCAGAAAAUAUGAUUGUGAUCUGUGCUAUACACCAAUGAUAGUUGCUGCUGAUUUUGUCAGAUCUGCAAAAGCCAGAGACAGUGAAUUUACAACAAAUCAAGGUGAUUGCCCAUUGAUUGUUCAGUUUGCUGCUAAUGAUGCAAGACUUUUAUCUGAUGCUGCUCAUAUAGUCUGUCCUUAUGCGAAUGGAAUAGACAUUAACUGUGGUUGCCCUCAGAGGUGGGCAUUGGCAGAAGGUUAUGGAGCUUGCUUAAUAAACAAGCCAGAGCUUGUUCGAGAUAUGGUGAAACAAGUAAGAAAUCAAGUGGAAAACCCCCGAUUUUCAGUAUCUAUUAAAAUAAGGAUCCAUGAUGACCUUACAAGAACUGUAGAUCUCUGUCGAAAGGCUGAAGCAACAGGAGUUUCCUGGAUUACAGUCCAUGGAAGAACUGUUGAGGAAAGACAUCAGCCAGUUCACUAUGAGGCCAUUAAAAUAAUUAAGGAAAGUAUGUCUAUACCUAUAGUUGCUAAUGGAGACAUCAGAAGCUUAAAAGAAGCAGAAAAUGUGUGGCAUAUUACUGGGACAGAUGGUGUUAUGGUUGCAAGAGGACUCUUAGCAAACCCGGCCAUGUUUGCUGGAUAUGAGGAAACCCCACUGAAAUGCAUCUGGGACUGGGUUGACAUUGCUCUUGAACUUGGAACUCCUUAUAUGUGUUUCCAUCAACAUUUAAUGUAUAUGAUGGAAAAGAUAACUUCAAGGCAGGAAAAAAAAAUAUUUAAUGCUUUGUCAAGCACAUCAGCAGUCUUAGAUUAUCUUACAGACCAUUAUGGGAUUGACCGGACUUCCUGAAUUAUUUUCUAUCUGCAGUGAAACCAUCGAAGGUCACAUCUUGGUUUUUACUUUGAAUCAGUGACUCUAAAAAUUAGUAUAAAAACAACGCUCCAACAGAAUUUUUAAAAAUCACUCCUGGACCACAUCCUCAGAGAUUCUGGUUCAGUAGAUCUCUAGGGUAGACCCAAAUUUUAAUUUUAAAAAAGAUCCUAGGUGUUUCAAACAUUGACAGACCUUACUCUGUAUCCUAUUAUGAAUUAAAAUGUGAGAAUUUUUUUCCUAAAGGAAUCACAUUUUUAACAUUUUUAAAUAAAUAAAACUUUUAAUACUAAAAAUAUGGCUCAUAUGGUAUCUGUUAGUUAACAUGAAGUGUUUUAAAUGAAAAUCAGUGCAGAAAAGUGAGACAGCAAAUGCCAACAUCUAUAUGAAAUGAAAAGGAAAAAAAUUCUGUAUAGAAUUGAUUUCAGGGCUUAAAUUCAAAGUUUAGAUUGGAAAAUUAAACUGCUGCUGCUAAGUCGCUUCAGUCGUGUCCGACUCUGUGCGACCCCAUAGACAGCAGCCCACCAGGCG